AUGGGCCACGCCCAGAUCAACACCGGUCCCGAUGAGCGCGAGACCAACUUGAAGCUCGUCUACGAGCAGGUGUAUCGCUCCAUUCAGAGGUCCACUGAGGAGGCCAGCAAGAUACGGCACGAGAUCCAGGAGCUGGACAGCUUCUGCCAGAAGGGUUACAUCCCUCCCAUCUACGACGCCUACAACUGCUCCCAGCAGGACAUCGAGAAGAUGAAGGAGCUCCAGACCUCGACGCCGGCCAAGGACUCCCAACCUUCCAAUUCGCCGGUGCCACAGGUCAUUCAGAUCCCGCAGCUGCAGCUGUCUGGCAUACAGGCCAGGAGGCCGAGGCAGCUGGUCAAGCCGCUCGUUGCUUUGGCUAGGAGCUACCAGGAGUUCUGGAAGGGCUUGGAAGAAGUACCACCGACUUAA